AUGACACACAAAAGGAAGUCGGCAGCAGCUAAACGAAGACAAGACAACCUUGCUCAACCCGAUCAGUCAUUGUCAUCGUCGUCGUCUUCUACACAACAGCAACAACAAGAACAACAACCUGUUUUAUUGGCAGCGGAUAAGACCGGCAAGAAAUGGCGCAACAUGGCCAUCCGUACAUUUACAACACUGCUCAUGAUUGGAGCUUUCUUUUUCGUCUUGGCGUCUGGCUAUGUUUGGUCUAUAGUGGCUGUUAUGGGUAUCACUAUUGUCGUCUAUCGUGAAGUCAUCCAAAUUGCCCAAGUACCCGCCAAGGAAAAGAGUGUACGUUGGUUCAAGACCAUGAGUUGGUACUUUUUGAUUACCACCGAGUAUUUCCUUUAUGGUGAAUCCAUCAUUUACUACUUUACGGAGAUUGUCAUGGUCGACCGAUUCCUGCUUCCUUUUGCAACCCAUCAUCGAUUCAUCAGCUUUAUGCUUUAUGUUCUCGGAUUUGUCUUUUUUGUGGCCAAUCUCAAAAAGGGACAGUAUUCGUUUCAAAUGGCACAAUUCUGUUACACCCAUAUGGCUUUACUUUUGAUUGUCGUUCAAAGUCACUUUAUUGUCGAGAACAUCUUGGAAGGCUUGAUCUGGUUUGUCAUGCCCGCUGCUCUGGUGAUUUGCAAUGAUAUCUUCGCCUAUGUUUGUGGUUUCUUUUGGGGAAGAACCCCAUUGAUCCAGUUGAGCCCGAAAAAAACAGUCGAAGGCUUUGUGGGUGGCUUCCUUUGUACACUUGUCCUUGGAUUCAUUAUUACUACCAUUUUGAUGCAAUUCAAUUACCUCAUUUGUCCCGUUCAGGAUUUGGGCGCAUCGGCAUGGUCUCAUGUUACUUGUGAACCCAAGAACCCCGUGUUUACAGCUGUUCCUUGGGAAUUACCUUCCAAUGUUGCAUGGUUAUUGAAAUUGAUUUUCCAACGUGACAUUACUCAAGUACCCAUUGCCCCUGUACAACUCCAUGCCAUUGUGAUGGCUUGCUUUGCUUCGCUUAUUGCUCCCUUUGGUGGUUUCUUUGCCAGUGCUGUGAAGCGUGCAUUCAAAAUCAAGGAUUUCGGACAUAGUAUCCCAGGCCAUGGUGGCAUGACUGAUCGCAUGGAUUGUCAAUUCCUUAUGGGUCUGUUUGCUCACAUGUACCACCAAAGUUUCAUCAAGACAUACAAUGUCUCUGUGGGUUCCAUCUUGGCAUUGACCAUCAAUAACUUGACGCCUCGUGAACAAGUGGAACUUUUGGAACGACUUCAAACCUACUUGUCCAAUCAAGAAAUUCUGGACUCGGCCAUGAUCGCAGCCAGCAACAUUGGUGAUAUCAUUUCAAAGGCUCAACGAAAUCUCACAUUGUGA